AUGUGCGAGACGCGACGGCAGCGCAUAGCUGGCAUGCUGGAGAAGCAGAGUCGUUGGAGGAAGGAAUGGUGUGAACGCUUCUUCGUUCUUGAAGAGGACUUCAUCAACUACUUCGUCUCGCCUCCGGCCAUCCUCAGCGACGACAGCCUGCGAGAUGAGAUCCGCGGAAGGAUACCCUUGGCAGGAGUCAUGGCCGAACCUCUUCAGGAGCCUGGCCGGCCCUACUGCAUCCGGCUUGGACGCGACAUUGUCAGUUGCAAGACAGAGCCGGAGCAGCAGAAGUGGCUCCAAGCAAUCCGUGCCGCUGCGCAUGUUGAGGCGACAUGCCGAACAGGCUCCUUCGCUUCGACUGCAGACCACGAAAUGCCAAGGAGCUUGAAUGGGAGCGCCCACGAGGGGAGGAAGCCUCGAGAGUGCAGUGGCCAGCAGGCGGAAUUGAUCCUCCUGAACCCGGAGGGCACCCAGAAGGUGCUACAAUGGCGGGAGCCGGCGACCGUGCAACUCUCCUCGUCUCGCCCGGCGGUGCUGCUGGUGCUGGACCAAUCCACAUCCAGCAAGGACCGGCCAUCCGGUCAGACGCGGGCUCUUUGCCGACUCGCUGCCGACCGCUGCGUGCCUGGGUGCCACAACUUCCCGGUCGAGCCGCUGGGGAGGAGCUCAUCCUCCGAAGCAGGCGAGUGCACACUUCGAGUGGAAAUCCUCAGCAGCAGCAUUCUCCAUGCGGAAAUGUGGAGGAGUUCUGCAUCAUCCUUUGGAGCUCUGGGUGCAGCUUGCCUCCUCAUCUGGUGGUACAGCGCCUUCGUCUAUGCCGUUGCGGGCCUACCGCUGAUGUUCUAUUCGCUCCAGUCUCUCCAGCGAGCACAGCAUGUCACAUUUAAAGCUGAGCAGCUGGUGAGAGCUGAGCGUGGCUCGCGUGAAGUCCCGAGCCCUGCGCGGAGCCCUUCCAACAGCGUCCUGCGGGAGCCAGCGCCACGGUGGUCCGGCACCUGGAUCCUCGACAAGAGUUGUAGCGAGAAGUACGAGCCAAUCCUCAAGGACAUGGGAGUGAACUACUUGAUUCGGAAGGCAGCAGACGCGAAGACGUCCGUGCUGGUCAUCAGCAAGUCUGCUACCCAUGUCAACUUUGUGGUCAAGAACCUCGUGACCGUGGAGGAUCUCUUGCCGGUAGAUGGCGCCUGGGUCCCUAAGCCUGUCCCUCCGGCUGGUCGGAUGCGCGGCGAGAUGCGCCUGCGCCUGACCAAGUCCACCGAGAACGAGCUGGAGAUGGUCACCGAAUUCCCGCCUGGUGAAGGUGGUCUCUGUGACACGUUGGUUGUCGAUGACGACGGGAACUCCUUCUCCAGACGGGUGGUGCGCAAGCGAAGUGAUGGGACGCAGUUGGAGUGUACUCGUGUGUUCCGACGCAUGUCCUGA